AUGAAGCUCAUCGACCUGAUCGUAACGCUCUGCCAUCUCCUCCUUAUUACCGAAGCCGUCCCAGUGAACACAGAGGAGGGUUGCGCCACACGACCAUGCCACGAAAAGCAACUUGAGACUAGAAGCAGAACUAAAUGCGACCACCCUUCGAAAUACACCGUGCAGUGGUUCAUCGAGAACGCGACAAAGCGGCCCGAACCUACAUCAUGUCUCUUUUACACGCGCGGCUUGAGCAGAGCGGCGCGUCGCUACGCGAAGUCGAGAUCUAGGGACGAGGGGCCUCCUCUCACAACGAUAUGGGAUGUGUGGCCCAAGGAGUACUAUAGCAAGAGAAUCACGACCACCAAUCCAUUACGAUGUAUCAUGCAGAACAAGGAAACGCAAACACAGUAUUACUAUAGCAUGUCCGAAGCUUUCGCCUCCAUGUGCUAUGUCUUCGCUACCGUCAUGGACAAAAGCAUCGCACGCGACGCAGCGACAGCAAAUGACGUUAACCAGCACGGCCUUUGGUUUCACGCGGAGUUUCCAACUCUGCAACGGCUCAAGAAGAUCACCAUGAUCGAAGCAAUAUCGGAAGAUGGAGGGAAAAGGCUCACGUAUUGGACGAGCCUAGAUAUGUUUGCAACCAGUACGCAUCAUGAAGACGUAAUUGACCCUCGGGACAAACGCGUAGAGAACUCAGAUUCGGACCGGGAUCAGUCGAUAGCUGAUGAUUUGUUGAUUGAGGAAUGGGACAUGGACACGUAG